AUGACGCAGCCUUCCAAUCGCGUCAACGGCCCAUCCGUAGGCCCCAACAAUGUCCUCAUCCCGCCCUCGCGGUCAGCCCGAGAGGGAGGCUCUCUUUCAGCGGCCAGCUUCACGACCGCGAAACAAGGGCAGUCAUAUGCGAGAUCUGCCCAGCCUCCACCCGGCAGCUUCACCUCCGAGCUCAGGUCAUUCAACUCGCGCCUGGACCUCUCGCGACUGGAUCUGAGUUAUAGCAAUGUGGAAGAUGGAGGGAACGAUACCGCUGCGUCGGAGCAGAAGCAAGCGGAAUACAGGCAAGAGAUCGAGAAGCAGACGCGCCUCAAGGCAGGUACUGAGAACCUACUUGAAGCGCUCAACUCGAAGAAUGCCAAGAAAUCGCGCGAUCAGCGAAUGGCGGCGGAAAGUCAGCUCAAUGCUUCGAACCGCAAGAUUGCACAGCUCAAGUUGGAUCUGGAGGCGGAGAUCCAGCGCAGCAAGGAGCAGCCGAUCAGUCCGAAAGGUAGACUCUCUCAACUGUUUCGGACACCUGCUUCGCAGCCUCUAGAUGCCACCGCCAAGCUGGUUGAUGAGCCAUCAGAAGAGGAGCAGGAUCCGGAGCUGGAGUCACCCACGUACAUUCUAGCAGAGAUUCUACAAGCUCUUGAGGUGAAGGAUAUGCAGCCGGACUACUACGUCAAUCAUGCUAAUGAUCUGGUCGAGCUAUUCCGGAGACAUCCCACACUCAAAUAUGAUUUGGCUUGGUCGAUCUUCGGUCUACGAAUGCAGGUGAUGCUGCUGUCUGAUAGUCGCGAAGUAGUAGCUGCUGCGUACCGCGUGAUACGAUACGCCAUUACAGACCGAAAAUCGCUGCAAACAGUCCGGGCCCUUCAGACCGACUACCUGGUGAUCCUCUCUUUGGUCAAGGAGAGCAAGGCUCGGGUGGAGCGAGAGCAGGCGUUGAAAUUCGUGCGUGCUUCCCUUGACGUCAAGGACGGCACGAAGGAGAUACACCCUGCGGUAGCCCGGAUCAUUGUAGCCGUAGCUGAUCAUUCAGACGACCAGCUCCGCAGCAUUGCAAUCCUUACUUUGGCCGAACUUCUCCUGAAAGAUCCCCCACUUGUUGUGAACGCUGGUGGAGUAAGCGUACUUUCAGAUGCCAUGGGCAGUGGGGUUUACCAUGCGCCGGAAACACUGCUAGGACCGUUUCUGCAACUCGUCGACCUCCCUGCGCGGCGAGGAGUGCUGAAGUCUGGAUUUGAAUUCAGCUCUGCGUUCGCCACCUUUACCGAGCCACACUCACAUCAUAAUCUGGACGACAAGCUCGUUGCCAGUUCUCGAGUCAUCGCUACCAUGUUCAAGAGUUGGUCCGGGCUUAUGACGCUCUCGCUGCACGACUUCCUGCCUGUUCGAUCUGUGGUCUCAUCUCUAUACAUCACCGACAUCAAAGUCCGCAACGCCAUUCUUGACCUGCUCAUCGACAUUCUCCGACUUGAGAAGAGGUCUUGGUCAACUCCAUUCAUCGGGGGACGGAGGCUAACGACAUACGCUCGUGUCGCUAAUCUCAACACCGAGAAGGAUCCCGCGCAGGAUCCCCAAUUUGAAAGUGAGAACGAUCGCCAGAAGCGAAACUUGGUACAGCAUUUCACGGCAGUGUCACUUGCUGUCUUACUCCGACAAGGUCUUAUGGAAGGCUUGCUGCACGCCGAACAUGAUGCGCCCACGGACGCCCUCAGACGUCGGACUGGAUUGAUCGUUGCCGAAGUGCUGAAGAAGUCAAGUGAGCUCUUGCCGACAUCGUGGAGCGCGCAGUUGCAGACCAUGCCAGGUCUGUUCAAUGACGCGUUGAGGUUCGCUAGCGAAGAGAGACAUUCGGCCCUGGCCACUGUAUAUCAGGUUGAUAAGGUCAACUUGAAGCUGUGGCGCUCAGAUCCAUCUACUACGACGAAGACCAGCCAGGAAACCGAAGGGGCCCGUGCACGAUCCGCUUCUAAGACUCAAGCCAGUGUAGAGAUGGACGAGGCGCAAUUCCGUGCCAAGAUGCUGGAAUCGGGCGUCUUGAACACGGUCAACUAUAUCAAAUGGGAUUGGAGCAUCAUCCAAGAGCUAAUAGAUGGUCCACUCACAAAUCCGAAACUGCUCUAUGAGGCUCUGGAGAAGUCUAAAUUCGUGCAUAGACUGCUCAAAUUUCUACGACCGUUCCAACUGCGCUUUUCUGACGCGUCGAACACGAAAGCCAAUCAGCGAUAUGUCAAGAUGGCGUGCACACUCGUAAAGACUCUGUUGAAAACAUCGGAAGGCGCAAACUACCUCAUCAACAACAAGACUAUCAGACAACUCGCCGAGUGUCUGGCACAAUUGGACGUCUCGAGUGGAAUUACUUCUAGGAAUCCCAUGUUCUCUCCCGAGCGGCUGUCGGAAACGCUGGUCGGCGGCUACUUUGCCAUGCUGGGCAUUAUGUGCAGCGACCCCAAGGGUCUACAGAUAUUAGAAAGAUGGCACAUCAUCAACAUGUUCUAUCACAUAGUCGAGCUUAAGAUGCGAGAUGACCUGAUACGCUGCUUGUUGACAAACCUGGACUACACUCUGGAUAGCCAUCCGCGCAUCAUUCUUUCCAAAGCGAUGAUUGCUGGUUCCAAGGCAAUGCGAAUCAUGGCUACGAGGAUUUUGCGGAAGUAUGCCAUCGAGCCUAUCGAACCCUCGGUUCCGGGUGGGUCUUCGGCAGAAUGGGCGAUCAAAUUACUCGUUAGCCAACUAUAUGACCCCGAGAUCGAAGUCUGCGAAGUUGCUAUCAAGAUUUUGGAAGAGACCUGCAACGACAUCAACUCGCUUGAGUACGUUGUCAAAUGCAGACCUGCGCUGGACCAUCUUGGGGAGAUUGGUGCGCCCUUGCUCCUCCGAUUCUUGUCAACGUCUGUGGGCUACCAUUACCUCGACGGUCUGGAUUACAUUACGCGAGAAAUGGACGACUGGUUUCUGGGCCGUAACGACAGCUAUGUCGCCGUCGUUGAGGCCUCCCUGGCGCGUGCUCUGUCAGAUGUGCCAGAAAAGCCUCAGUCCAUUCUCGAUGACUCCAUGGGCCCUCACGACUUUGGCUAUGUGCCGCCACAUUUCUAUCGCGAGCUCACGCGGACCUCGGAGGGUUGCGAGCUGUUGAAAGCCAAGGGACACUUCGAAGAGUUUGCUGCGACAAUCGAAGACUUCGCAAUGGAAGACGAAGAUCCCGAGACUAUCCUUAAAGUGAAGGGCUGCCUCUGGGCGGUCGGCAACGUCGGAUCGAUGGAGUUUGGAGCGCCAUUCCUUGAGCGGACUGAAGUGGCCCGCCACAUCGUCCAGAUUGCUGAAGAGUCCCAAGUCAUGACGCUCAGAGGCACGGCAUUCUUUGUUCUCGGCCUAAUAUCCAGGAGUCUCCACGGUCAGGAGAUUCUUGCUGAAUAUGGAUGGGACGGCACCAUUAACGUGAUGGGCGAAAGCCUGGGUUACGUAUUGCCUCUCGAUUUCAACAGGCUCUUCUCUAUCCGUACUUCAAGAACGACCGAACAGUCGAGUCUGUAUCGACAAUAUAGACCUGGAUCGAUCAAGGACGAUGACCCCGUCAAUCAGCAAAUUCUGGACUCCAUUACAAAGCUGGGCAACACCGUGCUGACAAACAAAGCUUUGACGGAGCUCACCUCGCUCAAGCACAAGAAAGCCCCCGGCUUUGAGAGACCGGAGCUUUUCAGAAAAGUGAUGGUCUUACUCUCCUCGCACGCUUACAGGAUACCCCAGUACCGUUUUGUGAUUGAUUUAUUUGAUAAGGGCGUCUUGAGGAGAAUUGUACUGGAGGAGGAAGGCGAUGAGGAGGAUGAUGAUGAUGCCGAAGACUCUUCCCAGGAUGGUGUUUAA